AAUGGGUGAUUUUCCUUUCUUUUCACUUCCACAGUUUCAGUGUCCUAGGAAAGGCAAACUUUGGCAUUUGGGAGCUCGUAUGCCAGGAGUGAAUGUCUGCAGGAGCUGAGGUGUUAAACUCCAUAAUAUACAGAAAUCAAAAAGGAUUUUCAGGGAAACCCUGUUCAGGACAAUGACUUCCCUUCUUACAAUGGCUCUCCUCAGUCCACUCAAUAGCUCUAUCAACUCUACAUGCAGGAAGGAGAACACAACUGGACCAGGACUGCCCCAUCCCCUCACCUACUACGCCCUCUCCUAUUGUGCCCUCAUUCUGGCCAUCGUCUUUGGCAACAUCCUGGUCUGUCUGGCUGUGCUGAAAGAGCGCUCCUUGCAGACCGCCACCAACUACCUAGUGGUGAGCCUAGCUGUGGCGGACCUGCUUGUGGCUACCUUGGUGAUGCCCUGGGUGGUGUACCUGGAGGUGACUGGAGGAGUAUGGAAUUUCAGCCGAAUUUGCUGUGUUGUUUUUGUCACCUUGGAUGUAAUGAUGUGCACUGCCAGCAUUCUAAACCUCUGUGCCAUAAGCAUCGACAGAUACAUAGCAGUGGUCAUGCCAGUCCGUUAUCAGUACAGCUCUGGCCAGAGCUCCUGCCGCCGGGUUUCUUUCAUGAUUACCGUGGUCUGGGUGCUCGCAUUCGCUGUCUCUUGUCCUCUUCUCUUUGGCCUCAACACAACAGGGGAUCCAAGUGUCUGUUCCAUAUCCAACCCAGACUUUGUCAUCUACUCUUCAGUGAUUUCUUUCUACCUGCCCUUUGUGGUGACUCUCAUUGUCUAUGCUCGGAUCUAUGUGGUGCUAAGACGAAGGAGGAGAAAAAGGAUUCUCACGCGACAGAACAGUCAAUGCAUCAGCGUCAAACCUGGCUACCCCCCACAAUCUAUCUUUCUGCGGCGGCAUGCAAUUCGGCAUUUCUCAAUAAGGUCCAGAUUUUCUUCAUCAGAAACCGGAGGGAAAACAGAACCUACUGAAGAAAAAGAAUACCCCCCUGGCUGUCAAGAUUCACUCUUGUCCCAUCUUCAGUCCACCUCUCCAGGAAGAGUCCAUUCAUCUGAGAAACUACUGGCAGCAUUGGAAUUGAAACGCUACUAUAGCUUCUGCCAGGAUGCCCCUUUGCCAAAGCCAGGACACCCAGAAGAGGAAGGAGAAGUAAAAGGAGAUGGGAGGACUCUGGGAGGGCUCAGCCCCACCAUGGCCCCCAAACUGGGCUUAGAAGUUCGUAAACUCAGCAAUGGCAGAAUGAUGACUUCCCUGAGACUGAGUUCCCAGCAGCCCCGUAGUGUUCCACUUCGAGAAAAAAAAGCAACCCAGAUGCUGGCUAUUGUCCUGGGGGCUUUCAUUGUCUGCUGGCUGCCUUUCUUCUUGACGCAUAUUCUCAAUACUCACUGCCAGACCUGCCAUGUGCCCCCAGAGCUCUACAGCGCCACCACAUGGCUGGGUUAUGUGAACAGCGCUCUCAACCCUGUGAUCUACACCACCUUCAAUGUAGAGUUCCGCAGAGCUUUCCUCAAAAUCCUGUCCUGCUAAAAGCAGGAGAGAAGAGUCUCUACCUUCAUUGAUUUCUUUUGGUCCUUCCAGGGACAAUGAGGAGCAUAACUCCAUGGGAGCAGUCAGAAGCCUUUAGCUACACUCCAGGAUUUCAUCUGCCAGGAUGCUUGACAUCCUUGUAUUAUACUGCAUCUUCUCAACUUCAGUAGUUCAAGUCUUAAGUCCAUCCUUCACAGAAAUGCCCAAGUAAUCUUCUUAAUGUGACACACUGAUUACAGGAUUUCUAUACUCAAACCUUCAGGCCUCCCCAUUGCUUUUGGAAACCAUUUAAACUCCUUAUCCUGCUAUUUAAGGCUCUCUACAAUUCGGCUCCAGUCUGCCUUUCCAGUCUUGUCUGAUAUUUUCUGCUUCACAAGCUGUAAGUUUUAGACAAAUGAGACUAUUUUCUAUUCCUUGUUCUUCUCUUGCUCUCUUCUAGUGCCAUUUCUUUGCCCAUGCUUUCCUCUUAUCUCUGGGAUGGACUACUCUCCUUCUCAUCUCUGCCUAUUAAAGUAUUUCCCUUUUUUCAAGACACAACUCAAAUGGUCUUUCUUUGCUGGAUCUCCCUUUCCUCAAAUUUUCUCAAAGCCUUUAGUCUAGCUCUCUCCUUUGACCUUAUCACAUUAUACACUGUAUCAUAUUUAUUGGUCUAUAUGUCAGAUAAUCUUGUAAUCUUGUAAUGAGAUAAUAUGUUUAUAAAGCAUUUAGCAUACAAUCUAAUAUAUACAGUAGGUCUUAAUAAAUUCUUGUUUUUUUAUGCUUCUCCCCCAUUAUAUUGUAAACUCCCUUUAGCUAGGGAUUCCUAUCCUACUGUAUUUAUUGAUCUAUAUGUCUGAUAUUCUUGUAAUCUAGUCAUAAAUUGUAAAUUCCCUGAAAGUAAGGAUUUCUAUCCUAUCCUAUUUGCCUAAAUGCCUGUUAUUCCCUCCCCAUAAUUGUAAUUCCUCCCAAUCUGUAUUAAUUUAUAGAAUCCUAGAAGCUAAGGACUAUGUUGUUGUUGUUUUUUCAUUUCUGAAUUCUCAAACUUGGCACAUAGUAAGUGUUUAAUAAAUGUUUGUCAAAUUGAA